GCGUGUAGAAAAUGCUCCUCCCAUAUUUCGGCUGUUGUUCCUGGCUCCGGCCAAUUUUUUUUUUAAGCCUCUGGACUUCUUUUACAGAAUCUCUGGACUUCCCUGGCUUUUUUUUCAAGCUUCUCUCAACUCCAGGGUGAUCUGGAUUUUUGCCAGUUUUUAAUCCUGCUUCUUAGGGCAAACUCCAUGGCUCGAGGGCCAGCUAAUUUUCCCUGCCUAUUAUUUUGGGCAGAUUCCCUAGCUCAAAGGCUAGCACCCCUGCUUUUUGCAGGACUGGCUUUUGUCGAAAUCACGUCAGCUGGUCACCAGUUGUUGCUUUGGAUCCUCACACGGGGCACCAUUUGUUGCUUUGCGUCCGAGCCCCCCAGAGAGAGACGAUGGGCACACCGUGACUCUUUCGAUCAAAAACGUCUUUAUUCUUCCAAAAGUUCCUUUUGUCACUUCCUAAAUGUAUCUUUUUAAGCUCCUCUGAUUGGCCCAAAGUCUGGCUGUCCAGCCCCCUUUUGACCAAUUUUGGCUUCUUGCAGCCAGGCAGGGACCAUCAGACCAACCCCCUAACUUUUCUCGACUUUUCUCCUGGUGGGCUGUGUCCCACCAGUGUGCUUUUCCAUAUUUGGUACAGUAAAAGCCAGCUUAUACUGUGACACAUCUUAACAAGUCGCUCACAGUACAAACAAAAACAAAUCACAAAGAAAUGACAUGUUUUCAAUUCCUUGGGAUGCAUUUUUGCAUCCCACAGCAGGAUACGCUUGUGGAUGACACAGAGUGUGGAACCUCCCUGAGUGUCCAGCAGGUCCAUGGGAUUGUUCCCUGCCUGCUGGGCAGCAACCCAGCCCAUCAGGAAGGCUGGGCCAGAGUUAGGAACUCUUCCCAUUGUUCUCAUUCCCACCCUGAAACUUGAUUUACUUCCCAUGGAUUCUGCUCCCAAAAGGGCAGAAACUCUGUCCAUCCUUGGAGCAGGGCACAGCAAUCUGUGGAAAUGCCCGUGUGUCCCUCAGGCUCUGAUUCCCUGGGAAAUGCACUGCACCCUGCCCUCAAUUCCCCUGCCUGGGCACUCCCUGCUCCUGCUGGGACACCCCUGUGCCCCAGAGCCACGGCUGCAGCCCCUGCUCCACAUUUCCACACUUUUCCCUCUCUUCUGCUGCCCACAUCCAGAACCCAAACAUUCUUUCUGGGAGGUUCCAGAGGGCUGCAGGUUUUGUUCAAGGAGGAGGGUCCCGCUCAGGCUGUUGAGCAGAUCCUGGUGGGAUUUGCAGGAUUUUUGGGGCUCUCUCAGUGCCUUGGGGACAGGCACCAAAUGAUCAAUUGCUGCAUUUCCGGACUGGUUCCCUCGCAGCUGCCCCUGCAGGGGGGUUUCCAGCCAGCCCUGCUCUGAAAACCAUCAAAGGCCCUGCAGAGCCACUGCUUGGGCUCAGCCUGGCUUUUGUGCUUCUUGCAGGGCUGAGCAAACCACAGGCAGGCCUUUUUCCCCCACAGAAUUCUCACCUUUGCAGCAGCUCGAAAGCUGCGAGAAUCAAAGCCAAGGGGGCGGGGGGAGCCUCAGGUCCUGGCUGCCACCUGGGGCUGGCCAGAGCAGGGCUGGCCAAUGCCCAUCCCUGGGCACUGGGGCUGGGCCAUGGCUGGGCCCACCCUUGGAUGGCCACUGGCUUCAAGGAGGAGCAGUUUGGGAGCUCCUUCCUGCCUGGGGCUCCAUUCCCAAGCUGCUCUUGCCGGCUCAGAUCCUGCAGGGGAUGAGCCAGAAUGGAGAAGUCUGGAACCCCCCAGAGCCACCAUCCCCAGGACAGGACCCCCUUGGGCAGGAUGUGUCCCCCUGGGACAGGAACCCCCAGGACUGGACCCCUGGAUGUGCCCCCAGGACAGAACCCACCCCCGUGUGACUCUCAGCACAAACGGCCUCUUCCUUCUGCUGCAGGAGAGAGAAAGGGAAAGUGUUGGGGGGCACAGCCGGACACCCCCAUCCCCCACAGCCCCAUACUGCUCCCUGCAGAUCCCCCACCCUCUUUUAUCCAACCCUGGUGUCCCCCCAGCCCAUUCCCUGCUCAGGUGCUCCCCAGGAUUUCUGAGCCAGGACCUGGGUGUGAGCAGGCAAGGGACAAAAGAGGGGAAAAUAAGGAAAAUAGAGAAAUAAAGAGUGGAGAAAGUGAAGGAUGUGGGAGAGCACAGUAGCAGACUUACCCAGGACCCCCACGUGAUGCCUGCCAAGGAAACAAGCACCCCAGAGAGGCAGUGCAGGGCCCUGGGCCACCCCAAAAUUUGAGGCACCCAGAGAAGGAGCUGUGACCCACGGGCCUGCCCAGCCACUGCCCAUCCCUGGCACCCCCAUUCCCCUGAGAUUGCAAUCAAGGCACCCAUUCCUUAUGUCCCCCAUUCCUGGAGACCCCCAUGCCAGCACUGCCAUUCAGCAGGAUCUCCAUUUCCAGGGACCUCAUCCCGGCAGUUCCAGCCCCUGAGACCCACCAUCCCUUGGGGACCAGGAUUCCCCCAGGACCUCCAAUCCCCUAGUACCCCCAUCCCUGGGAUCCAUCCCAUGAUCAAAACCCCUGGAGGCCCUGUUUUUCUGGAACCCUAAUCCCUGAGUCUCAAUCCACCCAACCCUUUGGACCCCCAUUUCCAUGGGACCCCAUCCCUGGCACCCCAAUGCCCUGGAUGCCCAUCCUUGGCAAUCAGCACAGCCUCAGCCUCCAAAUUCUGGCAACGUCCUCACCAUGUCCCACCAUCAAACUCAUUUCCCACAAGAUCCCCACCCUGCCCCCAUCCUGUCCUCACCCUGCCCCCACCAAGGGCCACCAACACAUGGGAACGAGACCUGAGCUCGCUUCCUGUCCCUUGAUCCGAAGAGCCGCCAGCCAGGGGACAGGUGGCCCCAGCAGCGAGUGACAGCCAGUGCCCAUGGCCGGGGACAGCGGGAUGGCCGGGAAGGUGGCGCUGCUCCUGUGGGAGCGUCUUGUGCUGCAGCUGCCAGCACGGGCACUGCUGGAGGGGGACACGGUGACACUGCGCUGCCGGGGCUGGCAGGAUGGCACGGUCACUGGAGUACGAUUUUACCACGGGGACAAGGAUCUGGGGGGGGCCCUCUGUGGCACCGAGCUGUCCCUGUCCCCCCUGCAACUGCACCACAGUGGCCGCUACCGCUGUGGGGGCUGGGUGAACUCUGGGCCAUCACCGUGGUGGGAGAUGUCAGCGCCAGUGACAGUGACAGUGACAGUACAUGUGCCCGUGGCCAAUGCCACCAUCACCCCCGGUCCCCCGGCACUCCAGGUGCACCCAGGUGACCCCGUGACCCUGCGCUGCUCGGUGCAGGUGGGCUCAGCCCCUGUCACCUUCACCUGGCCGCACAACGGGCACCAGGUGGCCCGGGGUCCCCUCCUGGAGCUUGGGGCCGUCCAUGUGGGACAUUCGGGCACCUACCAGUGCGUGGCCACCAACCAGCUGGGACAGGACGGGCACCGCGUGUUCCGGGCACUCAGCCCAGAGCUGGCCCUGGAGGUGACACCACAGGGAACCACUGGACACCUCUGGAACACAGUGGCUGUGAAUGUCGGCAGGACCCUCCUGUACCUGCUCCUGCUCCUGGCUGUCAUCGGGAGCUGUCGCUGGUGGCACCGCCGGGGUGGGUGACAAUGGGGGGACAUGGGGGUCCCAGGG